AUGAAAUUUGGCAAAACCCUCCUCAAUAAUCAACUACCCGAAUGGUCGAAAAAUUAUCUCUCUUAUAAAGGCCUGAAAAAGUCCAUCAACGAGGCAUCCCAUAAGCUACCACCCUGUGAAGAAACCACCACCGCCCAGAUUGAUCGACGUCUGUGGAUCCUGUCUGAAAAAUACGAGCAACGUUACGAUGGUAGUAGUUGUGAUGAUCUUAACGAAGAGGAACUUGUCAGCGCUCUACAGGAAACGCGAGCCCAGAUCAACAAGCUAAUGUGGUUCGCCGAACUCAAUACAAAGGGUUUCCGAAAGAUUUUGAAAAAGUUGGACAAGAAAUUAGGACUUGAAACCCAAGCAGUAUACUGGGAGACAAAGGUUGCUGUCUUGCCAUUUGCUGCCCACGCUCAGAUGCGUUCCGAGAUCGAUAAACUGACACAAUGGAUCGCCACCAUGUCCAUCAGCGAUGAUCGAUCGCAGUCGCCCACCCAUCCUGCAGCGGUCCAUGUCAAGCUCCCUAUGCAGUCCAAGAUUGGCCGCCUCGGAUUACUAACCGAGCAAGAACAUCAGGAUCUGAACAAAACCAUUGAAACAGACAACAAAGAGGAACUGACGCAUUUACUUGUUCAAGUCAACGGCAAACCUAAACAUGAAGCUGAAUUGACACGUUAUGCACUGUUGGAAUCAGCAACCCAACACGGAGCACUCGACUGCUUACAAUAUCUGAUCGAAAGUGGUGUCAAACCGCUCGAACACCGGGAUAUCAAUGAGCGAAAUUUGUUGCAUAAACUGGCGAUUCUUGCGGAUGCCCUGGAUGACAAAUGUUUUACCGCCAUCAAAAAAUUGUUGGAUCUCGCUCCCGCAUUGGCGAUACAGACUGACUUUGCCGGUCGUCGACCGUUGCACUAUGCUGCCGAAUCCAGCCAUCCCCAAAUGGCGCGUAUUCUGUUGGAACAUGCGAUGAAACACGCCCAGUAUGACAACUCGGGCUUCAUGGACCCAGUAUGGCAAGAUCGUGAAGGUCACACCCCGUUGUUCCUGGCUAUUCUUCAUGGCAACCCGGAAACUUUAAGAACCUUAGUUGAACUCGGUCACAUUGAAGACAUCGAUCGUACCAUCGCAGCUGCGUUCCUGCAACCACGGUUCAGUGAGUCCAACAUCUUGGAGGAAUCUGAAUCUAUUCCGGAAUUUGCUCGUUUGUCUCAUCAUCCGGCCCCCGUGGCCAUGGCGUGCAAGCUUGGCAACCUUGACCUGCUCAACUUGCUCAUCGACAAAGGAUCCAGCGUAGACUUGGCCGAUGAUGAUGGUGAAACGGCUCUCUUGUUAGCGAUUCGUAGUAACUUUGUCGAGGGUGUCAAGGCUCUUAUUGAACGAGGUCACGUCAAUGUCAACUUGGCCGAGAAAGUGAAUGACUGGACACCACUCAUUGUAGCUGCGAUUGAAGGGCAUUUGGAGAUCAUCAACCUGUUGUUGGAUGCUGGUGCUGAUAAAACACUUGUGGACUUCAAUGGUUGGGCCGCGUAUGAGCAUGCUGUGUUCCGUGGAUACCUGGAUAUUGGCAAGUUGACCAAACCGGACAAUGCCGCUAUACCGGUCGAUCCGCCUGUACGUGCGGAAUUAACAGAAGUGGAGAACAAACCCAAUAAAUCCUUGGCAAGAGCAAGUCGCCUAUAUGGUCACAAGUACUUGACAGAUCAAUCCAUGAUCAUUGUUACCCUGGGAUCCAACGAUGUUCGCAAUCCCCUGUCGAGGCGUUUCCUCAACGUCAACGGUCCUUUGUACGAGAAUCAACGUCUGUCUAUUGCGGUAUCAGCCAUCAAUGCCACCGGCGAAUUCCCGAUCCUGGAUUUGCCUAGCAACAACGAGCAUCAUCUACUCCAUCCUGAACCGAUCGUUUUGUUCGCGAGCAAUCCCGAGGAAGUGGUCUUGCGAUUUGACCUCAUUGAAACCUUUGGUUCGUCUCCAUCGAACAAUAUUUUGGCAAGAGGCACCUCGGUUUUGAAAGGAGACCAGAUCUUUUCAAAGACCAAGGCAUUCAAGGGUCGCGCCACGGGCAACUCUUCGCUUCGCGGACAACAAACGGUGCCUCUUGUAGACAGCACGACGCUUGAAUAUGCUGGAUCGCUUGGCUUUGAAUUUUUCGUCAUCACGCCAUUUGCCCACAAGAACAUGAGAGUGGGUGAUCGUUAUACCUAUUAUAAAUCCGUGGAUACCAAGGUCAUUGGACAUCGCGGAUCUGGCAUGAACAAGAAAGGUUCCCGUCUUCAAGUGGGUGAAAACACGGUGCUUUCUUUUGUCACUGCUGCUUCGCUUGGAGCUGAAUAUGUCGAAUUUGACGUACAAUUGACCAAAGACUUGACUCCUGUGAUUUACCAUGAUUGGACCGUGACGGAAACGGGAUACGAUAUCCCACUGAAUGCUAUUACGAUCGAGCAAUUCAUGAACCUCCGACCUUCAGGACAUAUCAAAGAAUACCAUACUGGUGUCAGUGAUGGCAUCCACGGUGAACGCAUGCCGACUAUUAAUAAUCCUGAUGCCGAAGAUCUGCCUGUUCCUUCGUCCGUGGCUGCCAGUGGUAUUAGAACGAUCUCUGCUGCAAGUGCUUCAACUGGCAAGCGUGUCAGCCGCUCGCAUUCUUUGAGCUCCAUCGGUGGGCCCCCUAUUAAUAACCGUACCGAUGCCACCAAGCGGCUGGAGCUGACGCGCACCAACAAACUAGGCAAGUUGAAGGGCAAUGGUCCAGAAACCAUCCAAGCUCCUUUUACCACCCUCGCCGAGACGCUCAAGAAAGUGCCCAAAUCGGCUGGUUGUAAUAUUGAGGUGAAAUAUCCCAUGAUUGAUGAAGCCGAAAACGAAGAAUUGCACCAAUUCCAAGAACUCAAUAUCUAUGUGGACACCAUUCUGGAGUGCGUUUAUGAACAUGCCGAACAAGACCGACACAUUAUUUUCUCGAGCUUCCAUCCAGAAAUCUGUUUGGCGCUCAACUUGAAGCAACCUAAUUAUCCUGUCUUCUUCCUUACAGAUGCGGGUACUCUGUCCAUGGCCGAUGUACGUUGCAACUCGUUGCAAGGAGCCGUUCGGUUUGCCAAACAGGCCGACUUGCUCGGUGUCGUAGCUGCCAGUGAACCUAUUCUGGCAGCACCGAAAAUGGUCAAGGUGAUCAAGGAAACGGGCUUGCUCCUCUUCACCUAUGGUGUGCUUAAUAACGAGGUCGAAAAUGCCGUUGCACAAAAGUACUAUGGAGUUGAUGCUGUUAUUGUGGACUCUGUGCUGGCGGUGCGAAAGGGUUUACGAGGGGACUAA